CCAGGUAUCCACUAUCCUAUGUUCGUAGUGGAUCAAGUUGGACGUGGCACCCAAUUAGGCUAAUACUGUCUAUAUUUUAGGACCAGUUGCUGGCUCGAAGUCCGAGGGGGAUCCAAAGCCCUACACUACUCCUCCUCCUCCGGCUCCAUCAUAUUAGUACGUGUGAAAAAAAGAAAAAAAAAUACCUCCGGUCUUAGUACUAGUAAAAGGGGGCAAAUGGCCACAUCUAAAGGAUCUUCAAUCCCGAGCUCCGGCAACUCACAUGAUCAUCAAGAUGAUGAUGCUUCUUUCAGAGUAAAUGAGCUGCCCAGAGCUCGUUUCUGGGAUGCCAUGGAUAUUUGUCAAUGGGAAGGCAGCUGGUUCGAGCCUGGUCUGGUGAAGCCCGCCGUGACUUUCCGGACAACCUUCCAAGCUCACCACGACGACGUUCUCCUUGCUUCACCACCCAAAACAGGUACCACCUGGCUCAAGGCCCUUUGUCUUUGCAUCAUGCAAAAUCCCAUUCCCAUCGCUACCUCUGAUAUUGGAGUCAAUGCUGAAGCUGCUGCCGACGAUGAUGAUGAUAUUUUGGCCAAAGACAAUCCCCAUUUCCACAUACAAACUAUUGAGAGUAUGAUUUAUGCUACAAAACCCCAUCCUGAUCUUUACUCCACCCCUUCUCCCAGACUUUUUCACACUCAUUUGCCUUACAAAGUCCUGCCAGAUUCAACCAAGAAUAGUCCCGGCUGCAAAAUCGUGUACAUCACCAGAAACCCGAAAGACACCCUAAUUUCACUAUGGCAUUUUUUCAACUCCAUUUUCAGGCCAAAUGGUCUAGAACCUUAUCCUCUAGAUAGAGCGGUGGACUGCUUUUGUAGUGGUGUGCAUCAAUAUGGACCCUUUUUCGAUCAUGUUCUGGAGUACUGGCUGGAGAGCCAAAAGAGGCCCACCAAGAUUUUGUUUCUCAAGUAUGAAGAGCUGAAAAGAGAACCCAAGGCAGAGGUGAAGAAGCUGGCUUCGUUUCUUGGAAGGCCCUUCGCUAGCGAAGAGGAGGUGGAGAAAGUGGUGUGGAGGUGUAGCUUGGAGAGGCUGAGGAACUUGGAGGUGAACAAGAAUGGUUCCAUCUUGUACGGAGUGCCUAACAGUUCCUACUUCAGACGGGGUGCGGUGGGAGAUUGGAAGAAUUACUUGACCCCAGAGCUGGAAGAGCAAAUCAACCGGACUGCUUGCUCCAAAUUUGAGGGCUCUGGUCUCUGUCUCGAGGAUGCUUGAAGCUGUGUACUACCACUACUACUUUGCUUAUACUCCUAUAUCUGUCUCUUUGUUUUUUAAGAUUUCUUUGUUUUUUUUAUAGGAUGCUUGGUGAGAAUUUCAUUUCCUGACGACUG